UAAUUAGCUCAAGCACCUUUUAAGAAAGAGGUAGAGGAGUUGCAACAAAGGAAAUAAAAAUAAAGCUAUAAAAAGCCCAAUCUUUCUCUUGUCCUUCCUCAAGACACAUAUUCUUGUGUCUAACAGAAAUUCAACAUGUACUUUUUAAAGCAUUCUUCUGUAAUUUCCGGUCUAACGAUCGUAGCUGCGGCUGCUAUGCUUGGAAAUGCAGCACCAGUGGAUGACACAGCAUCAUCAUCCACACCUCUUACAACUAUACAAAGUCAAAAUGAUUUUUGUUUAUUCCUUCCUCCUCAGCCAGGAUUGGAAGUCGCUGUGAAUGAGAAUAACGGGAUUCCAUUCUGUACAAAGCAAGACCUUGUGCCCAAUGCAAAAGAAUUCCCUGAAGGGUUUAUCACAACGGCUCACUAUUUAAAGUCCAAUUCUUAUGUACAGAUCACAGGCUUCUUUGAUAGAGAUAAAUAUCAACUUCGAGCCAACGAUGGCGGUGGACAAUAUGAUAAUCAUGCCAAGGGAAAGCCUGUAGGCGCCCAAUGUAAAGAUUACAAGUAUUUUGUCAGCAUGAUUGAACCUGAUAUUGACAGAUUCUGUAUUCGUUGCUGCCAGGAAGAGAGCGACUGCAAUACAGGCAGAUCUGGUUACGGUUGUCUUCGUAUUAUCGAUGGUGAUUACACACAAGAUAACAACUUUGUCAGCUCCAGCAAUACAACAGAUAAUGACAGUACAGAAGCAGCGCCCUCUCAUAUGAAUACGGAUAUGAACAGCGUCCUUGCCGACUUGGACAAUCUUCCUGCGUCCUCUUCAGCAGUAUCUUCGCCAGAGACGAGCCAUGCUACUACUAGCGAUGACACCAAUGAUACUGUUUCUGCAUCAGCGAACAACGUGAAUGGGGCUAUUGCCUCUGAGAUCCAAAAACUCCAAGAAUCCAACCAGAAUGGCUCUCUUACUGUCGAUCAAGUCCAGACUGAGUGGAACGCUUUUUCCUCUCGAUUAGCAUCACAAUAUCCUGAAGUAGCAAUUCAAAUUAAUGAAUUAAAUGCAAUUGCAUCAGGAUUAACGACUUUGGACCAAUGGCAGGCCUUUUUUGAUUUGAUUUCCAAGAAAAUCAUUCAACUUCAACAACAACAACAACAACAACAACAGCAGCAGCAGCCAGGUAGCCAAGACCAAAACUCUAACAAUACUCCUUCUGCCAAUGAUAUUCCUACUAGUGAUGCUAGUACUACCACAACACCAACUGAAUCCAGCGAGCCUAGUGGCUCAUUAACUGGUACUAAUACAAAUGAGGACCUGGAUUGGUUACUAAACCAGCGUAAUAGCCAUGAAAACCAAGCUACUUGGUAGUCUCGUUUGUUUUUUUGUAAUAUCUCCUCUCUACUUUUUGUCAUUUAAUAAAGUUAUAAUAACUUAUAGAUCAUGUAACCCCAAUAUGGCACGUAUUGUUCUUUCUAUUUAAUUGUAUGACAUUGAUACUCCUAUUCUCAUGUAUGUGUAUGUAUUAGUUCAAAAAUGUGCUGUAAUAAUGGAAUGCAAAAUCUUAUAAACAAAAGAAAAAAAAAAAAAAAGAAAUUAAGAAA